AUGGCAGUACCUAUUGGACAGUCUGCAGCACAAACUUCUCAACUGCAUGCUUUUCCAGCUUUGGUAAAAUCCAACGGAUACCGGAAAAAACGAAAUAAUGCUUACGGAGAUGAAGCUGUUCCUCCUGUAACAAAUAUAGCAGUUCCUAUGGAGAUACCUGCGGAAC